AUGAGAGCCACCCUUCCUUUUGAGCGCCCUCUAGUUGCUCAAUGCCCAGUUAAACCUCUACUCAAAUGUAUUUCACUUAUUGGGACUAGCACAGUGCAUGCCACUUGUCAGUGGCUCCUGCUUAUUGGGACUGGGGCUCACGCAGUGCAUGCCACUUGUCAGUGGCUCCUGCUUCUUGGAAUUGGCGGUAUUGCAGUGCAUGCCACUUUCUGUUCCGACUUUCUAACAGUGACUGCUAAACCUGCCGGUACUUUUGUGUGUAAAAUUCAUUGUCACUCGUACUUUGUAGUUGAAAAUAUCUCAAUUCUGCCUUGA